GAUCGCCGCCGCCAGCAAAUUAAGGCGCAGGGCCGCGAGCGCCCGGGCGCAGUGUCCGUCGCGCCGCGCUCCGCACGCCCGCGCUUGGGCUCCCUGGCGCUGGCGCCCUAGCUCGACAGGUAGCCAGCCACCUCCUUGCAGCUUGGGACGCUCCGGCUGUACCCAGGCUGGGAGGGAGGAAAGACCCAGAAGGGGUGCUCAGGGACCCCUGCGCUUUGCUCAGCUGAUACUCGUUUCUGGCUUCGGGCGGUGCACGGGGUAGUCCUGUCGAGCGCGCUGGGACGUGCGCACCCGCUUGAGUCCCCAGUUGGUCCUCUUCCUUCCUCUCCAGUUGGUUCGAAGUCUCUGCGGCUCCGGGGCUUUGCGGUGGGGGAGAGGAGAGGCCAGUGCGGAGCUCUGAACUGAGUCUUCUGGGGUCCCCGGCUCUUCUGUGUCUGUCACUGCACUCGGAAACUUUGCGCUGUGUUUCGGGUCUUUGUCUUCCUUGGGAAGCUGGACAGCCGUUCGACAGACCCCGUCCCUGAGCAGGACCGCGCGCUGGGGGCCAUGGAGUUCACGGCGUCUCCUAAGCCCCAGCUCUCCUCCCGGGCCAACGCCUUCUCCAUCGCCGCACUUAUGUCGAGCGGCGGCUCCAAGGAGAAGGAAGCGACGGAGAACACCAUCAAACCCCUGGAGCAAUUUGUGGAGAAGUCAUCCUGUGCCCAGCCCCUGGGCGAGCUGACCAGCCUGGAUGCUCAUGGGGAGUUUGGCAGAGGCGGCAGCAGCAGCCCAGCCUCUUCCUCUCUCUGCACGGAGCCGCUCAUCCCCACCACCCCCAUCAUCCCCAGCGAGGAAAUGGCCAAAAUUGCCUGCAGCCUGGAGACCAAGGAGCUUUGGGACAAAUUCCAUGAGCUGGGUACCGAGAUGAUCAUCACCAAAUCGGGCAGGAGGAUGUUUCCAACCAUCCGGGUGUCAUUUUCUGGCGUGGAUCCUGAAGCCAAGUACAUAGUCCUGAUGGACAUAGUCCCUGUGGACAACAAGAGGUACCGCUACGCCUACCACCGGUCCUCCUGGCUGGUGGCCGGCAAAGCUGACCCACCGCUGCCAGCCAGGCUCUAUGUGCACCCAGACUCUCCUUUUACUGGCGACCAGCUACUCAAACAGAUGGUGUCUUUUGAAAAGGUGAAACUCACCAACAAUGAACUGGAUCAACAUGGCCAUAUAAUUUUGAACUCAAUGCAUAAGUACCAGCCAAGGGUGCACAUCAUUAAGAAGAAAGACCACACGGCCUCAUUACUCAAUCUGAAGUCUGAAGAAUUUAGAACAUUUAUCUUCCCAGAGACAGUCUUUACAGCAGUCACUGCCUACCAGAACCAACUGAUAACCAAGCUGAAAAUAGAUAGCAAUCCUUUUGCCAAAGGAUUCCGGGAUUCUUCCAGGCUCACCGACAUUGAGAGGGAAAGUGUGGAGAGCCUGAUCCAAAAGCAUUCCUAUGCCCGCUCACCCAUCCGCACCUAUGGAGGAGAAGAGGAUGUCUUGGGGGAUGAGAGUCAGACAACCCCAAAUCGAGGAUCAGCCUUUACAACAUCUGACAAUUUGUCUCUCAGCUCCUGGGUAUCAUCUUCUUCCAAUUUUCCUGGGUUUCAGCACCCACAGUCCCUGACUGCUCUUGGCACCAGCACAGCGUCCAUAGCAACACCCAUUCCUCACCCCAUACAGGGUUCUCUGCCACCAUAUAGCCGGCUGGGGAUGCCUCUGACCCCAUCGGCCAUCGCCAGCUCCAUGCAAGGGAGUGGCCCUACGUUCCCUUCAUUCCACAUGCCAAGAUACCAUCACUACUUUCAGCAGGGGCCCUACGCUGCCAUCCAGGGACUGCGCCAUUCCUCUGCUGUGAUGACGCCAUUUGUAUGA